ACAAGUUGACAACUUAUAAUGGCGGAUACACACGAUGUUCCCCAAAAAGUACAUAACGAAAGCGUUAUCGAUUCCGAUGUGGUGAUUUAUCCAUUUACUCGACUAGGAGAGGAAACAUUUCUUUCGGGUCCCCACAUCACAGAACAUGGUAUAGAAAAGCUUUUGGAAACUGUUCGGACACUCGAAACAAAAGAUACAGAUAUACUACUGUGUACAACUAUGAAAUCAGGAACACACUGGUGCCAUGAGAUAUUGUCAAUGUUACUCUCUCAGUCUCUAGAAUAUAACACAAAAGGUCCUUUACAUCACAUGUAUUUGGACUUCAUUGCAUACUUCUUUGAUAAGUUAGAUGAAGUAGAUAACCCUAGACUAUUCACAACUCAUUUGCCUUUUCAUCACAUACCAAUUCAUCAUGUGAGAAAUGGAUACAAAAUUAUAUAUCUCAAUCGAAAUCCGAAAGAUAGAUGGGUUUCUAACUACACAUUUCUUCAUGGAAAGCUUGGAGUUCCUGAUUGGACAUGGGAUGAAUUCUUUGAUAAUAUAAUCCUUAAAGACGACUUACAAGGAGGUUGGUUCAACUAUACAAGGGUAUUCGAAAAGGCGGCACAAACUAAAACUGCAAAUAUACUACCAGUCAAAUAUGAAGAUUUGAAAUUACAUCCGUUCUCAACGAUUAAAAAAAUAGCCAAGUUUCUAAAUGUGUCGCACACUGACGAUUUCAUUAGAGAGAUAAUAGAGAAGUGCAGUUUUGAUAAUAUCAAAAAGCACAAGUAUGAUUCCUCAAGAAUAAUUGAUCCCAAACAUGAAUCAACUUUAUUCCGAAAAGGUGUUAUAGGGGACUGGAAGAACUGGUUUACUGUAGCACAAAAUGAAAAAUUUGAUGAAAUAUACAAUGAAGAAAUGAAGAACUGUAAUGUUGACUUUAUCUAUGAAUAUAAAUAAUGGAAUUGUUUAUCAAUAUUUUUCUGUUUCUUUUAUCGUAUUGAAUAUUGGUUUAAAACCAACCUUUCUUUCAUAUGUAAUUGCUAAUUAGAUUAAGCUAUCAAUUUGUUUAGUAUAUAGGAUAGUUACGUGGUUUGUUGUUGAAAGAACUAUAUUGGUGUAGUUUUUUUUUUUUCAAAUGCAAUUAAUUUUUGAAUCAAAUUACAAAUAUUAAGAGUAACAAAUUUUAAUGAAAUCUCAAAUUAUAUUCGUUAUCAAUUAAACAAGUAACAUGUGAACAUACUCAAUUUAUUUAUCAUAUAACAAAUAACAUGUAUAUAUCGUAUAUUACGUGACAAUAGUAUAGUUAUGUUUGUUACACCAUGGACUUAACAACAGGCUAUCAGCUGAUUACGUCUUGUGAAGAUCAGCUGUCUAAUGUAAUCAGAGAUUGACAUAUUUAACCAUGACCGUUAUUUUGAUUAAGCAGAAUCAGAGUGAACCUUGCUCGAUGCAAGCUAGAUAAUAACAUUGUUUACUGUAACAAUUUGUAGCAUAUAGGCUAAAUUGGGUAAAACUGUCUGCAACAUAAUAUUUCUUCGUUUUUCAAAUAGAAUAAAUUACAAUACUUACAUUAUAUAUUGUAUCUGACUUUUUAAUAUGCUAUAAUUUGUGUUGGAACUUCGACCUGCUGAACUAUAUAGAAUAAAGUUUUAUUACAUACCUUAUCCAAAAGAUUUAACAAUAUCAAAAAAUAAAAAAAAGUCACUAAUCUACUUUUAUAUUUUUUGUUCGUAUUAAAAAAGGAUUUUAGAAUAUGCUUUUUUUUUUAAAGAAAUGCCUUUUAAAAUGUCCAAAAAGUAAAGAGAAAGGACUGAAAUCUAAAUCCAAGUAUUAUUACACAGCAUAAAUUACCUUAUAUAAUACCUUUCCCUUUCCAGACCAAUUGUAUAAAAACUUGUAAUCAACGUGCGGUCGCCGAUUCUCUUGAAUUUAAGAGUCAUAACCUUUAUAAGCUCAUAAAUACAUAAAUUAUUUACUUCCUAAAUUUGUCAUUAAAUCAUUUUUUUUCCACACAAAACGCCAAUUUUUGAAAAAAAAUAUCCAAAUUCGGAGACCGUUAUCGGUCCGUGCGUUAUACGCAUUUGCACAUGCUCAGUCAACGUACUGCCGGCGAAAUUGAAACACUUUUUAUUUCAACACUUGCCCAAUGGUACCUCAAUUUCGCGGACAUCUUCUAGUACAAAAUAAAAGCAAGCGACGACUACGAUUAGCAUAACACGAUAAAGCUAGAUAAAAUGACAGCAUUUAUUCUUAUAUUAACAGAUUAUCAAUUGAACUAUAUAUAUUGCUUUUAAUAUUUAAAAUCUUAAAGUAAAUUUCACACAAUACUGCAACAGACGUUGUGCAGUUUAAUAUCAUGUGAAAUUAGGUAUACGUCCUAUAGGUUAUAAAUAUAUAUCAAAGUAGAUAGUGGCAUCUUUAUUAAAUUUUUCGGUUUUAUGUUGUCGUAAUGUGUUGAGCUAUUGGCCAAUGACAUCGCACUUAAUAUGUGGUUUGUCCUAUGUCAAAACAUGAAUAUGGACUUAAGGUAACAUGUUUUUGAAACCGAAAUAUUGAUACAAAAACAGCUUUCAUAUAGUUCAUGUUUUUUCACCUCAUUGACGAAUAUUUUACAAGUAAAUACAAACUAGUAUUCUGGUACAAUCAAUUAGAUCUAAAUGAGUCACCCUUUGCAAUACAAAUUUACUUAAAUGCAACUUUUUUUCAUUUUAAAUGCAAUUUAUUCUAAAAAUCGAACUUUUUAGUUGUUUUUUUAUAUUACUUCCGAAAAAUAUCAUGGCUUUGUAUUAUUUAUAGAUUAACUCGUCCGAGAUUCCAAGUUUAGAAAUAUUCAGAAAGUGACCAAGCAGCACAUAAUUUCACGAAUACAAGUAGAACGAUUUCUUUUUAUACGCAUUCCAAACUGUUUUGAUGCAAUGUCAUUGACAAUAUCUUGACAGACAGAUGAGGGAACUUAUAAGACUUUUCAUACCUGUGACUUUAUCGAUUUUAAUUUGACUGGAAAAUCACGGGUAUUCAUCAUGUGUUUAUUUCAAUCAUUGUAAUAAUUAUUCAUAGUAAUACACACCCUAUAAAUUCAUCUAUGUGAUGUACUUUUUUAAUCUUUAUUGUAAAUUAACGUACGAUUUGAAAGUAGUGUUAGGUCAUAUAACUGUGUAUAGUAUAGUGAAUGAAUAGAACAUUACAAACACAUCCUUAUAUCUCAAAUGUUUUCAAUGAUAUAGAAAAAAACAGAACCCUCAUUAGUUUCAUGUUAUCGAAGAAUUUUGAUUUACACAAAACGAUUUAUGAUUGCCAUCCAUCAGAACCAUUGAUACACAACAAUUGCAUUAGAAUUUCACUUUAAUUGAAAAAUAUAACUCACAUUUUGCAUCUAAAAAUCUUCUUUAUAUUUACAUUUCCUAGCGGAGAAAAAGCCAGAAGACGGGCGAUGUAU